AUUAUGUAUCCGCUCUCUAUGAGCCUAUCUGAUUUCACCUAUAAUCUAAAUUUUAACUUCAGUGGAGUUCAUUACAUUAUGAUAAAGGAUUAACAAAAUGCUAAUAUUGUUCUGAUAGAUAAAAUCUUUUGUCAGAGAGGGAAAAAUUGAAAGAUAAAAAGUCAAAUCAGAAAAAUGAAUAGUUAAAGAGUUGCGUGGUGAGAAACAUUCAUGAUAGCGCAAGUUUGAAGUCUACCCUGAUAACAAGAUAAACUACUGGGUCACCGCAUCAUUUCAACAGAAAAAAAAAAAAUGUUUUAUUCCAUGGCAUGCAUCUUCGAUGAAACCCAUCAGUAAGAAAUAGAAAAAAGAAUCAAUUAGACGUUUUCAAAAUGUGUCAUAUAAGUUCAUUUUCUUUAUUAUUGCUUUCUAUGUAUUAAUUAACAUUUCUCUUUGUGUGAACAAGGUGAAAAAUUUUUUACUUAUGACUUAAUGUCGUUAAAUAUAUUCCUACGUCAUACGUAAUGUGUUUUUCUAUUAUAACUCCACAAAAAGAAUAAGUUUUGCAUCUGCUUUAUAAAUUUGUCAUCUAUGCUCUAUUAUACUUUAUCUGCAAGGCAACUAACCUAUUUCUGACUUAUGUAGUAGAAUCAUUUUAGAGCGAAUUGCUUUAAAAAGGUAUUUUUACCUUUACAUAGUGGAAAAACCAUAUGCAUGUGAUUUAUGCAGUCGGGAAUUUUCUGAACGGCCAAAUUUAAUAAAGCAUUUAUUGAUGGCCUCAAAAGAGAAACCGUUUACAUGUGAUAUGUGUAAUAAAGCUUUUACACAGAAGAGAAAUUUAACUAUACAUUUACUGACACAUGCGAAAGAGAAACCGUUUACAUGCGAUGUCUGCAAUAAAACAUUUUCUGUCAGGUGGAAUUUAAAGAGACAUUCUCAGUUGCAUAUGAAUGAGAUAUCAUUUACAUGUGACAUAUGUAAUAAAUCAUUUUGUCAAAAGUCAAAUUUAAUUAGACAUUUACGGACGCAUACGAAAGAGAAACCGUUUACAUGUAACGUGUGUAAUAAAGCAUUUGCUGAAAAGUCAUCUCUAACAAAACAUUUAUCGGUGCACACAAAAGUGAAACCAUUUACAUGCGAGGUGUGUAAUAAAGCAUUUUCCGAGAAUUAUAAGUUAAAGAGGCAUUUGCCGUCGCAUACGAAGGAGAAACCAUUUGCAUGUGAGGUGUGUAAUAAAGGAUUCUCUGAUAAAUCGAAUUUAAGAACACAUUUAUUGACGCAUACGAAAGAGAAGAAGUUUGCAUGUGAUAUUUGUCAUAGAGCUUUUUCUCGGAUGGAUGAAUUAAAGGCACAUUUGCGUACACAUACGAAAGAGAAACCAUUUGCAUGUGACAUAUGUAGUAGAGCAUUCGGUCACAGGUGGAGUUUACAAAUUCAUUUAUGGACACAUAUGAAAGAAAAACCGUUUACAUGCGAUGUAUGUAAUAAAGCUUUUUCUGCCAGUCCGAGUUUAAAGAGACAUCUUUGGUCACAUACGAAGGAGAAACCAUUGGUCUGUGACGUGUGUAAUAAAUCAUUCUUUGAUAGAGCGAAAUUAAAAAUACAUUUAAGGACUCAUACGAAAGAAAAACCGUUUGUAUGUGAUAUUUGUGGUAAAGCUUUUUCUGACAAUUCGAAUUUAAAGAGACAUUUUCAGACACAUACGGAAGAGAAACUAUUUACAUGAGAUGUAUGCAUUUUCUGUCAUUUUGAAGUCAAGGACAUGAUUAUGGAUGCGUACAAAAGAUAAAUCAUUUGCAUAUGACAUCUGCAAACUAGCUUUUACACGAUUGGUUUUAAAACUCUUUUCUGUAUGCUUACGAAACGAGAAACUGUAUGCAAGUGGCACCUGUAAUAAAUUAAUUUCUCAUCGAUUUUAAAACUUAUUUAUAGAAACAUACGAAAGAUAACUCAUUGGCAUUGGUUAUGAAAAUUUUUUUUCAUUCAGUAUUUUGGAAAACAUAUCCCAUGGAGAACAAGUAAAAAUUGGCAGAACAUUUUGUCGCCAGAAUUGUUUUAUUUUUUCUACUGAUCCAUUCUGAAAGUAAACAGUUUUAUCUAUAACAAUUGUAGUUUGAAAUAAAUCAUUUGCAUCCAAUACGAGAUUAUAUUUAAAUUGAAAUUAUUUUUUGUUUCAUUAGUUAAGUUUUGUUUUUAUAAAGUUAUUUAUAGAGUUAUUUUUGUUUUAUUAAUGAGUUUUAUAAAGUUAUUUUUGUUAUAUUAUCUCUGUUUGUGAUUUUGACGAUGAAACUACUUAAGUCCCAUGACUACUUCCAUCAUUCAUCGAACAUUAUUAAUAUGCAGACGGUGAUUCAUUUCACUUCAGUAAUAUAACAUAUCUUCUGAUCCCUUUUUCAGAAAUGUGCCCUAUGUAGUUUCAUGUUAGAAUUGUUUCUGUAAAAUGUGUUCUGCCCUGCUUUGUGCCUAUAAAAUGUUUUAUGAAUUUCACAAAAUGAGAUCGAAAAUACAAACAGUUACUAAAAAUGUAUAUAUAUAAUAUUAUAUAUAUUGUUUAGAAAAGGCAUAUUGUGUU